UGUAACAGUUAAGUUAGUUUUUAUCAUAAGAGUAGUAAUCAAUAUUUUACUUAUAUUAUCGAAAUAAAAUGUAAUCGAAAUACAUGAGUACAAAUGUUAAGAAAGGAAAUAAAGUUAAGAGUUGCGUUUGGAAUCAUUAUAUAAAAGAAGAACUACUAAGUGCAAGAUGCAAGUUGUGUACAAAACUAAUUAAACACGGCGGAAACACGACAAAUCUGAUGCAACAUUUAAUCAGAAAACAUACUAUUUUUAUUAAUAGUGAAGAUUCAAUUGUGACCGAUCAACAGCAUGCCUUGAGAACAACAGAUGAAUCAGAUCCUGAUGAUCCUAAAGAAGGAACAUCAACAAUGAAUAACGUACUGAAUACGGAUAAAAAUAUGACAACUAGAAGCUGUCCAAGAAAGAUAAAGAUAAGAAAUGUGAAUAUUGACGAAGCCUUUAAAAAGAUAAAAUCUUAUAAAGGUGGAGAAAUUUCAACUCAACUAAUAGUUUAAUGUACAUGCUUGCAGUUGACAACCUACCUCUAUCAACAGUUGAGCAUACUGGCUUUCUGCAGUUUUGUAAAAAG